AUGAUCCCGCGUGCCUCCACCGUCCUCCCUAUCAUCGUGACCCAGCCCGCAGGGUUCCACCAUCAGACCACUGGGAGGGGUGGGAUUGCCAAGGGCUCAGAAAGCCUCAUGUUCUGGAAGACGGUCCGUAAAGGGAGGGGUUACAGACCGAAUGCAAAAAGUAUUGACGGCAAAGAAUUCGAUGCCGACGGGUCCGAUAUCCUCCCCCCCAACACCACCCCCAACACCGCCGAACCCGCGAGGCGUUUUCGAGGCGCCGCCCCGUCCAGCCACUGA